UGGUGAAGUAACGAUGUGUAUGAGUGAUUUUCUUUGUGUUUGUGUCAGUGUGUGUUGAGUUAGUUAAUUUGUUGUAGAAGUGUGUAAUUGAGUGAUAAAUCUGUUUGAAAUGGAUCGAGUUGAUCAAAUUUCGUUGUGAUUGAUUCGGAUUGCGGCUUUGCUCUCUGUAUGUGUUUGUACUGUUUGUGUUGCUUUGCUCAGAUUCCUGUAGAAAUGCGUAAUCGCCAAAUCUGAAAAGAGAAAAUCCAGUGGUUGUUUGUAGGUGAUAUAUGGACUGAGUUGAUCAUUGUUUGUUUUGAUUGAUUGAGAUGGUGUUAUGUGCUGUUUUUGCUUUAGUUUAAUCUUUAAUUUGCUUAUUUUCAGUUCUCUCUUCUGCUUAAUCUGAAAGAUCCAUUGGCAUUUCAUCCCAAAAAUCCGUGUAUUUUGCAUUUGAUCACUGAAUAAUUGAUAAGCUAUCCUGAAGUAAUAGUAGUAACUAUGAGUCAGUAUCAAAGGGAAGAAAUGAUGGUACAGUGAACUGGAGCUUGCUCGGUCUAAUUGUGUGUGUUGUGUGUUUAAAUGACUAAAAAUGGAAUCAACUAUUAUUAAUGUCCUCUGAAUUCAUAAGCUAGUAUAGAGGUUUGGGUAGUUUAUUUGAAUUGCAUGACUGCCUCAUCUAAAAGUUUAAACCCUUAAAGAGGGACACUUUUUGUUUAUCGAGUUUAGGUCUGCACUAGUUGUUAGGUUAAAACUAUAAAAAUGUAAGGAUUUUUCCAAGGGGCCCUGAAAUACCUUGCAUUGCAUUUACAAAAAUUUCAUAUGCAAUUUUGUCCUUUCUCCAAAAGUAUUGUCUAUAUGUGCUGGUCUUCUGAGAUGAUUUUCAAAUAGAGUCUCCCCUUCUGUGUUGUAUGACCAUCAUCAAAGAAUGUUGUUAAGAGGCCCACAUGAAUACAGCAGAAAAACUAGGUACACCUAAUUCAUGGUUCUCAGUCCCUUCAGAAAGUUAACGCGGAUUCUCGUUUUGUACCUAACUAACUAUGCUAAAAUUCCAUAUGUUCUGCAUUGGAUCGCUUGAUAAUUGAAAAGCUAUCCUGAAGUAAAUAGUGUCAAAGGGAAAGAUAAAGAAAUGAUGGUACAGUGAACUGGAGCUUGCUCUGUCUAUUUUUGUGUGUGUGUGUCUGUAUGUGUUUAAAUGACUAAAAUGGAAUUAACUUAUUAAUAUCCUCGGCAUUAAAUUUAAUAAGCUAGUUUAGAGGUUUAGGAAGUUUAUUUGAAUUGCAUGACCGCCUUAUUUAAAAUUUUAAGCUGUUAUAGAGGGACACUUUUGGUUUAUUGAAUUUAGGUCUGCAUAAGUUUGUUAGGUUAAAAGUAUAAACAUGGAAGGAUUUUGCCGAGGUGCGCUGAAACACCUUGCAUUGCAUUUUUUUAAUGCCAAAUGCCAUUUUCUCUUUUCUUCAAAGGUGUCGUCUAUAGGUGGUCCUGUUCUCAGAAUGAUUUUCAAAGAGAGUCUGCCCUUGUGAUUUGAAUGACCAUUACCAAAGAGUGUUGUUAAGGGACCCACAUGAGUUCAGCAGAAAAAGUAGGUAUACCUAAUUCAUGGUUCACAGCCCCUUCAGAAAGCUCGAACGCGGAUUCUCAUUUUGUACCUAACUAACUAUGAAAUCACACCUUAUUGCUUUUAUAAUCUUCAGGCAUUUGUAAGCAAUUGUGUGAGUUCCCUUUUUAGCUUUAGUUGAUCCUAUUUUAGAUCAUUUGAAAAAGAAAACACAAGUAUAUUAUCACUUAUCAUAAAAGAAAACACUGAUGUAUUAGUUCUUUGCACUGUUCUUGUGCUAAAGUUGGUUUGGAGGGAAAUAGAUGUUCUGCUUCUCUCGUAGUACAGCUAAUUAGCUUCUUUUUUUUUUUCUCUCUUUUUAUCAUUCUUAACUGCCUGGCAGCAAUAAUCAUCAGCAUUCAUUGUUGCACGCUUUUAUCUGAUAAAAAGUAAAAUAGCUCAGAUGAUUACGCACGAGCAAGAUCCAGAUGUUGUCCGGUGGGGUCUCCAGUUGUUUGACAGUGAUCCCUACUCUAACUGUGCAUAUAGUGGUGCCAUGCCCCAAAACAGUGUAGAUUACUAUCAGGACCAUUACUUCAAAGGUGAUCAUUUCAGUAUGGAAUCCAGCAAUGAGGAAAAUCACAAUUUCAAUGCACAGUGUCUCCAGGAAGAAUUGGCUCAGCUUUCAGUCGCUGAACCGCCUUCAAUUCUCCAUCAAAUGACAGAACAUACACAAACACAUUUUUAUCCACAAGACUGGUUUAGUCAACCUAUGGGAAACUACAAUAUUGGAGAAGAGAACUGCGAUGAAGAAGAAACUAAUGAUGGAGCUUCCACUUCAUGCUCUAGCCCAGGAGAAGAGUCAUACACUGGGGAGGACUGGUUGUAUUCGCUUGAAUUGACCGAUGAAUACGAUCUUGAUGGUGAAGUAGGGAAAAGACUGAACCAGAUGAUUCCAAUUCCCCACAUUCCUAGAAUCAAUGGAGAAAUACCGUCAAUUGAUGAGGCAACCUUAGAUCAUCAAAGACUUCUUGACCGAUUACAGGUUUAUGAACUAGUCGAAUUUAAAGUUCAAGGUGAUGGGAAUUGUCAGUUUCGUGCUUUGUCAGAUCAAUUUUACCGCACCCCUGAGCAUCACAAAUUUGUCAGACAGCAAGUUGUGAAUCAGCUCAAGUCAUGCCCAGAGAUAUACGACGGAUAUGUUCCCAUGGCCUAUGAUGAUUACCUGAACAAGAUGUCAAAGGACGGCGAGUGGGGUGAUCAUGUAACUCUACAAGCAGCUUCUGAUUCGUAUGGUGUAAAAAUAUUCGUCAUAACAUCUUUCAGAGAUACCUGCUACAUUGAGAUACUUCCCACCAUUCAAAAGUCUGAACGAGUUAUCUUCUUGAGCUUUUGGGCCGAGGUUCACUACAACUCAAUAUAUCCUGAACGAGAUAUCACAGCUGUUGAGAUGAAAAAGAAGUACUUGGCCCUUGCAGAUGAACAAUUGGAAUCUCAAGAUGGUUACCAAUGAUAGAUUGGUAUUAUUAGACACUUCACACAUCUGUUCAACUUCUUCUCAUUUUCAGUCUUAAAUAAUUAUAAGCACUUCUCUAAUUUGUUUAUUCCCUUUCUAGCAGCUAAUACACGAUGUUUGCCGCAAUGCAUCUGCAAAUUAGCAAUAACCAGCUCAGGUGCAGCCAUUUUUUUCUUGACAUUCUUUCUCAAGAGUAAUAUUUGGUUUGGGGUUGAACUUGCACUAUUCAUCUUUGUUAAUCCAGCAGCAAGUCUAACAUUAUUUUUCAUAUUUCUUACCUUCAGUAUGUCUACCUUGAAUGCAUCUGCAAUAAAUACUCAGAUGCAAAUUAUCUUUAAUAGUCAGAUGUACAGGUGAAUAAUCUGAUUUCUGGAAGUAUUAUAUUUUUCUGAUUUAAGUUAACAGCGCUUAUCAUUA